GUUAAAAAUAAUUAAUAAUUAAAUUAAUUUUUACAUUAUGAUUUAAUUUUAAAAUAUUUGUUAUAAAGUCUCAAAAUAAUCCUAACAUUUAUUCUGUGAAUCACAUUUCUAAAAAAUGAAUGUCACAGGCGCAAAAAUCUGUGAUGAGGGGCCUCAUCCAGAAACCCGAGAUAUCGUUUUACCAAAUCAAACUGAAUCAGUUUCUCAAAUUGCCGUUGAUAUUGGUGGUUCUUUAGCUAAAGUAGUUUAUUUUUCAAAUAUUUCCAAAGGUGGAAGAUUGAAUUUCAUUAAAUUUGAAACCGAAAAAAUUGAUGAAUGUAUAGAUUUUAUAAGAAAUUUGAUCGCUGCAAGAAGAAAUCCCGAUUCAUCCGAUUUAAAUUUAAAAAAAAGAAUAGUUAUUAAAGCCACAGGUGGUGGUGCUCAUAAAUUUUAUGAUGCUUUUAUUGAUAAGUUAAAAGUUAAAGUGGAAAAGGAAGAUGAAAUGGAAUGUUUAAUUACUGGAUUGAAUUUUUUGAUCUCUGAGAUUCCAUAUGAAGUUUUUACAUAUAAUGAGAAUGAUCCUAUGUGUUUUGAAGAUACUCCAAAUCCAACGAAUAUGUUCCCGUAUAUGCUUGUAAAUAUCGGAUCUGGUGUAAGUAUAUUAAAAGUAACUGAAUCUAAUAAAUUUGAGCGUAUUUCUGGUACUUCGUUAGGGGGAGGUACACUUUGGGGCUUAUUAUCUUUAUUGACUGGAGCUAAAUCUUUUGACGAAAUGUUGGAAUUAAGCAAACACGGUGAUAACACGAAUGUGGAUAUGUUAGUUGGUGAUAUUUAUGGAUCAGAUUACAAUAAAAUUGGGUUAAAGUCUACAACAAUUGCCUCUUCCAUGGGUAAAGUGUUCAAAAAGAAUAUUAAGCAAAGUGUUGGAAAUUUCAGAAGUGAGGAUAUUUCGAAAUCUUUAUUAUAUAUGGUGAGUAAUAAUAUUGGACAAAUAGCAUAUUUAAAUGCUCAAGCUCAUGGAUUGAAGAGAAUUUAUUUUGGUGGAUGUUUCAUAAGAGGGCAUCCGAUUACAAUGAAUACGUUAUCUUAUGCCAUCAACUUUUGGUCACAAGGAACGAUGAAGGCAUUAUUCCUUCGUCACGAAGGAUAUCUUGGUGCGGUUGGGGCUUUUCUUCAAUAUAGAACAAAACAACGUUCAUAUUCAUUCUCAGAAAUCUUCACUGUUCCACAAAUGAUUACAGAAAAUUCUGUUAAUGCUUAUGGAAUUUUGGAAAGCACUUCAACGAAAUUGGUAGCAUUUCCAAAGUUAGAGAAUCUGGACGAAUAUCAACCAGAUACAUUACAAUUAACAGAUUCAACAGCUCAAAAAUAUUGGAUUGAUGUAUUAGAGAGGAACCUUCAUAGUCUUGUUGAAUUGGCUAAAGAAUGGACUUCAGAUAGCGAAAAUGACGGACAAAAUCAAGAUGUCCAAAGUAGGGCAUCUUCUUUUGAUACAUUAUUUAGAGGCCAUUUAGCAAGAUUAAGAGACCAACCUAAUAUGUAUGGAGCUUUGACGGUUCGAAGCCUUUUAAACCUUCGGGAACAAUGUUUACAUGAACUAGGAUUUCCUGAUAUUUUUUCUAAAGUCAAAGCCGCAGAAAAUAAAUCAGCACUACAUAAGUUGCCAGGAUUAUUAAAAAAAGUGGAUUCUUUACAAUCAUUGGAAGAUAAAAUUGAGUUAUUGAUAGAUAAUAUUCUGGCUGGAAAUAUGUUUGAUUGGGGAUCAAGCCAAAUAGUGAAACUGAUAAAAGAUGGAGAGUUAUCCUUUGAAGCAGCUAAAGAAAAAGCAAAUAAACCCGAUAAGUUAAAUCAUACAAAAAAAUUUAUAGAAAGAAUUAUUAGUAAAAAUAAGCCUCCUCUUAAGAAAGCUGUUAUCUUUGUGGAUAACUCUGGCGCUGACAUAGUCUUAGGUGUAAUACCUUUUGCUAGAUUUUUAGUGUCAUUAGGAAUGGAUGUUAUAUUGGCUGUUAAUAGUCAUCCCGCUAUAAAUGACAUUACUUUUGAAGAAUUAUCAGAAGUGGUAGCAUCUAUAGCAGAAUUGGAUAGUCUAGUAGCAGCAGCUUGGGCAUCUAAAAAAAUAUCAGUUAUGGAAACGGGUAGUGCAAGUCUCUGUUUAGAUUUGAGAAGGAUUAAUGAGGAUUUAGUUGAAGCUUGUCAAGAUGUUGAUUUAAUUGUAUUAGAGGGAAUGGGAAGAGCAAUUCAUACAAAUUACAACGCAAAGUUUACAUGUGAAUCACUUAAAAUAGCUGUUUUUAAAAAUGCUGCUACAGCUACAGAAUUGGGUGCUCAUAUGUAUGACGCUAUAGUUUUGUAUGAAGAAGGAAAUAACAAUAAACCAAGUAGCAUUGCUGAAAAUGUUACUAAUAGUAAAGAAAAUAGUAAUAAUAGUGAAAAUACUGUUAGUAAUGGGAUUGAUUAAUUUAUUAGAAUAAUUUGAUUUUGGAAUAUGUAAUAUUUUUGUAAUGUAUUAAUAUUCUUGUCUCGUUACGAAACUUCAAUUCAAAAUUACAUACAGUGAUCAUUUGCUCUUAAUAAAUUAC